AAUUAUUGAUGUUAUAACAUAACACGAUUCACUAAGGAAUACUUAAUAUAACUCGAAUAAAUUUCAUUCUAAUAAAUAAAUUUACGAAAGCGAAUGAUUUGUAAAGAUGAGUGGCGGAGAACGCAACAGAAGCAUUUUCAGUUAUGAAACGCUAGUUCACGCGAUAUCCGGCGCUGCUGGCGGCGUUGUUGCGAUGACAAUAUUCUUUCCUUUAGAUACAGUACGAAGCAGAUUACAAUUGGAAGAAGACCGAGAAUCGAAAAGUACACUUGCUACAAUUCGUGAACUCGCUGCAAAGGAAGGACUAGCCACCUUGUACAGGGGAAUGGUACCAGUUCUUCAAAGUCUAUGUGUUAGCAACUUCGUUUAUUUCUACACAUUCCAUGGCUUGAAAAUGCUCAGAGCAAGCAAGAAUCAAUCAGCUGGAAAUGAUCUACUGGUUGCAUCAAUUGCGGGUGUAAUUAAUGUUUUAACAACGACACCAUUAUGGGUAGUAAAUACUAGACUGAAAAUGAGAGGCGUCAGCAACACUCAAGAAAGAAAUAACUAUUACAAUACCUUAUACGGUGGUCUUAUGUAUAUAUGGAAAUACGAAGGUUUAAAACAGCUGUGGGCUGGAACUUUGCCGAGUUUGAUGCUAGUUAUGAAUCCAGCCAUUCAGUUUAUGACUUACGAAACUGUUAAAAGAAAAGUUCUUGCAUCUCUACAUGGUGUACAACCAUCUGCAUGGACAUUCUUUGUUAUUGGUGCUAUAGCCAAAGCGGUUGCAACCAUACUAACUUAUCCAUUGCAAUUAGUUCAAACAAAACUGAGACAUGGUCAUAAGUAUCCAAACCUGCCACCAGAUGCUGGUAGCUUAGAAAUUCUAUUUUACAUAUUAAAGAAACAAGGAAUAGGAGGACUAUACAAAGGAAUGGAAGCGAAAUUAUUGCAAACCAUUCUCACAGCGGCAUUAAUGUUUUUGACUUAUGAAAAGAUUUCAAGACUCGUUUUUCGCAUUCUUUUGCAUAGACCGACGUUAAGAUAACAAAUUUGGAGCAAUAUUAGUCAGCAACGUUAAUAUUGUUCUCCGUGUAAAGUCCUCUUUUAUUGUAAUAGAAUAAUAGUAUAUAAUACAUAUAUGUAACUUAUAUUGUAAAAAAAAUAUUGAGAAUGCUUUCUUAUAAUAUAAUAUAUAUAAUAUAAUUCUUAUAAUAUAAUAAUAAUAUAAUACUUUAAUAUAAUUUUCAUAACAACUAGGAAUAAAAGAGAAAGAAGUAUUUAAGGU